AUGGAUGGGGACGAGCUGAUCGCAUCGGUCUUCCGCAAGAUCGAGCGGGAGAAGGCCCUCAUCACCGCUGCCAGUAACAUGCGGCAGUCGACCGACAAUCCCCUUGUGCAACAGAGAGUCGAUGCCAACAUUCGCGAUGGCCGCAAGAACAUCGCUUACCUGGAGGAGAAAAUGAGAGAAUUGCAGAUUCGUCAGAUGAACCAGGAAGGCGGCUCACCUGGCCAGCAUGGAGGCCCGGCGCCCCCGCCCAAAGACUCCGGAUACGCUGGCGAGCACGGUGAUGGUCGCUAUCCCCAGGGUGGCUCUGGCUCGAUGCCGUCCGGUGCCCCAUACGCCGAUCCCCGACCUUAUGCUCCGAUUCCGAAGGCGAGGCCCAACUACACAAAGCUAGAUCUGAUCAAGUAUGACACUCCGUAUCUCGGACCGAAGAUCCAACUCAUGCUGUCUCAAUUGGAGUUCAAGCUGAGUGUGGAAAUGCAAUAUAAAGCCGGUAUCGAAAAGAUGGUUCGCUUGUACCAGGAUGAGGGCGACCGAAAGAGUCGAGCUGAUGCCGAGGGUCGUCGCAUUGAGAGUAAUCAAAAGAUUCAGCUUCUAAAGCAGGCUCUGAAGCGAUAUGAGGAUCUUCAUGUUGAUAUCGAAUCCUCCGAUGCGCCAGACGAUGAGAGUCUGAGUAGCCCGAAUAUGCGCAAGCCGCUGACGGGUCUUCUGACAAUGCGCAUCCAUGCGGUCAAGGACGUGGAUCAUGCGGCUGGCUCGCGAUUUUCGCGAGGACCAGAGACGUACAUUGUCGUCAAGGUUGAAGACACUAUCAAAGCGAGAACCAAGGCCACCCGAAACGAUAAAUGGCUGGACGAAGGCUUUUCUAUGGAUAUCGACAAGGCAAACGAGAUCGAAUUAACUGUUUACGACAAGUCGGGAGAUCGCCCAGUCCCAAUCGGUAUGCUUUGGGUGCGCAUUUCUGACAUCGCAGAGGAGAUGCGUCGCAAGAAGAUUGAGACCGAGCUCAACGCAUCUGGCUGGGUAUCCGCAGAUAAGAUGGGCGAUAGCGGAUCCCCUCGAAAUGACCAUACUGGUUCUCCUAUGGGUUCUUCCCAUGGCCCUAGUUCCGGAGGACGCCCGGGAACCUCGGGACAUGGUGGACAUGGACAUCACGGUGGCGAGAACUCCAAUGCUCCCCCUACUGUGAUGAUCGAUUCAUGGUUUGCUCUGGAACCGGUUGGCCGAGUUCAGCUUCAAAUGAGCUUCGCCAAACAAUUGAAGGACCGCCGUCCCUUUGACAUUGGUCUUAACCGUCAAGGUGCCGUGCGCCAAAAGAAGGAGGAGGUUCACGAGAAGCAGGGCCACAAGUUCGUCACGCAGCAGUUCUACAACAUUAUGCGUUGUGCACUGUGUGGAGAGUUCCUCAAGUAUGCUGCCGGCAUGCAAUGUGCGGAUUGCAAGUACACCUGCCACCGCAAGUGUUACCCCAAGGUUGUCACCAAGUGUAUCAGCAAAGCCAACUACGAGACCGAUCCGGACGAGGAGAAAAUCAACCAUCGCAUUCCUCACCGAUUCGAAGGCUUUUCCAAUAUCUCUGCGAACUGGUGUUGCCACUGUGGCUAUCUGCUUCCCUUUGGACGCAAGAAUGCCAAGCGCUGCUCUGAAUGUGGUCUUACGUGCCACGCUCAGUGCACUCACCUUGUGCCCGAUUUCUGUGGAAUGACGAUGGAAGCCGCAAACCAAAUUCUCGAGACUCUGAUUCGCACCAAGCAUCACAACAAGUCUGCUUCUGUUAGUUCUGGCCUCAGCAACCGCACCCUUCGAGCAGGCGGUCCGCCGCAACCCGCUCAAGACAACGCUGCCCUCUCCUACCCCCAGAAGCCGAUGGAAGGACCCUACGGGGCCAUUCCUAGACAACCCUCCGCAGAAGCGGUAAGCGCUGCCACUAACUCCUUCAUGACCCCACAGUCACCAACAGCUGCUGCACAGGCUGCACAGCGCCAACAGAUGCCACCGAAAUCGCCCACUGGACCUGCCGCAGCCGCCGCCGCCGCCGCCGCAGCUACCGGACUACGCAGCCCCCAGCAAGCCCCAACCGAAAUGGCCCGUCCUAUGCCGCCACCCCAGGCACCUCCGCAGCCUCAACAUGCCCAUUAUGACCCAUCUGCUUAUGCCAAUUUCCCGCACCAGCCUCCACCCCAGGCCAUGCAAAAGGUGCAGCCUGCGGCUUACCCAAUGGCACCGCCUCCGCAGCCCAUACAGCAACAGAUGCCCCCGCAACAGCAAGUUGCACCUCCUGUCAAGGACGAUGCUGCAUCGCAGGCAAAGGCUCGCAUUGGAUUGGAUCACUUCAAUUUCCUUGCUGUUCUCGGAAAAGGUAAUUUCGGAAAGGUCAUGUUGGCUGAAACAAAGAGCUCCCGCAAGUUGUAUGCCAUCAAGGUGCUGAAGAAGGAAUUCAUUAUCGAGAACGAUGAAGUGGAGAGUACCAAGUCCGAGAAGCGUGUUUUCCUAAUCGCAAACAAGGAACGUCACCCAUUCCUUCUCAAUUUGCACGCUUGUUUCCAAACCGAAACUCGUGUCUAUUUCGUCAUGGAGUAUAUCAGUGGUGGUGAUCUCAUGCUACACAUUCAGCGCGGACAAUUCGGCCUCAAGAGAGCACAAUUCUAUGCCGCCGAGGUCUGCUUGGCACUCAAGUACUUCCACGAGAACGGUGUCAUCUAUCGUGACUUGAAGCUCGAUAACAUUCUGCUGACCCUGGAUGGUCACAUCAAAAUUGCUGAUUAUGGUCUUUGCAAGGAGAACAUGUGGUACGGUGGUACAACUAGCACAUUCUGCGGUACUCCUGAAUUCAUGGGCCCAGAAAUUUUGCUGGACAAGAAGUAUGGACGUGCUGUGGAUUGGUGGGCGUUCGGUGUUCUCAUCUACCAGAUGCUUUUGCAACAGUCUCCAUUCCGUGGUGAAGAUGAGGAUGAAAUCUACGAUGCUAUUCUUGCCGAUGAGCCCCUCUAUCCUAUUCACAUGCCUCGCGACUCCGUGUCGAUUCUCCAGAAGCUGUUGACUCGUGAGCCCGAGUUGCGUCUGGGCUCUGGUCCCACAGAUGCCCAAGAAGUUAUGUCUCAUGCCUUCUUCCGCAACAUCAACUGGGAUGACAUCUACCACAAGCGGGUCCCCCCGCCAUUCAUCCCCACAAUCAGCAGUCCCACCGAUACAAGCAACUUCGACCAGGAGUUCACCAGUGUGACUCCUGUUCUGACGCCUGUACAAUCUGUACUUUCGCAAGCCAUGCAGGAAGAAUUCCGAGGAUUCUCCUAUACAGCUGACUUUGCUUGA